UCAAGUCAAAGAAAAACUUUUGAAAGUGAAUUAGAACAAGUCAGAGAAGAGUUGAAACAUCAAAAUGAACUCCUUAGUGAAGUUAAUAUUGAAAAGAGUAUUUUACUACAGACAAAAAGUGAAUUGUCUGUAAAACUAAAAUCUGCUGAGGAAGAAAUUAUGGAAUUAAAAAAUUCCUUCUCUGCAUUGAAUCAAGAAAAAACUGUUUUGGAGAAGAAGAUGUAUUCAACUCAGAAAGAAAUUUCUGAUUUGCAGAAUGAGAGAACAAAUGCAUUGAGAGAAUUGAACCUGCAGGUUUCUUUGGUUUCAACUUUACAAGGCCAAAUUAAGAGCUUAGAGGAACUUCAUAAGAAUUGCAUAGAUUCUGCUGCAAAAGAAAAGGAUUCUUUGCUAAGGAAAAUGGAUAAAAUCGAAGAAGACUUUAGAAUCGCACUUAGAAAUGAACAACAACAGCAUAAUAUUGAUAUCAAUAUUUUAAACCAGGAAAAAGAAUCCUUGCGUAGUAGACUGAUAUCUUCUGUUGAUGAACUAUUUGACCGUCAUCAAAAACAACAAGAGGAAUUAAUCAGUUUUCAUCAAGGAGAAAUUGCUACUUUAAAGAAACAUGUCACAACUCUUGAAACAGAGUAUGAAGAGAAAAUUAUUAAUUUUCAAUCAGAAAACAAAAAGAUUCAUAGUGAUUAUAGAUUAGAAAUUUCAUCUCUUGAACACUCAAUAGAAAAUCUGAAAAAGCAGAAUAGCCAUUGUAAUAAAUUAGUGAAGGACUUGGAAGAAAAACUAGAAAAUGCUGACAAAGAUCGGAAUGCAUUAUUGCAAUCGAAACUGAAAGCAAUUCAACAGUUAGAAGAUGAAAUUAAAACUCAAUCAGAUGAUCAUGCCAGGAGAGCUAAAGAACUUGAAAACCAUAUUAAAGAUUUAAGCAGUGAAAAAGAAACUGCUCUAAAUGAAGUAAAUACUGUUGAAACUAAAUUAAAACAACUUGAACUUGAAAAAAAUAAACUCAUAGAAGAAAUGGAAGAAGCUAACUCUUCUAAAAAAGAAGAGCAAAGUACCACUGUCCACUUUGAAAGCAAAAUUAACCUUCUGCAGAAUCAACUAAAAGAUGAGAUUUCUUUAAACGAAGUAGUGAACAAAUCUUUUGACGAUUGUAAACGACGACUGAAACUUUCCCAAGAGGAGAAUUUGGAGCUAAAACAACAAUUAGAAGAAAUGCAAGUCAAAAUUAAAGAUACAGAAACAUCUACUGCUAGAAUUCGCACUCAAAAUGCUGAGCUACAAGAGACCAUGAGGAACAUUGAAAAGUCUAGGCAAGAAUAUAAGAGAGAAGUCACGUCAAUUAAAAGGACUGUAACAAAUUUGGAGAAAACAUUAGAUUUAAAAGAACAAGAACUAAAUAAACUAAGCAUGAUUCAUAGUCAAGAAGGAGAAAUUCAAGAAAAAUUGAGAAUGGAGAUUGUUGAAUUAAAACAGAAGUUGAUGCAGUCUAGUGCAACUAAUGAGGCUGUGCUGAAGGAAUUGUCAAGCUCGAAGAAAAAACUGUCAGAUUUUGAGCACAAGCUGAAGAUGCAGGAAGAACAACACCAGUCAGAAUUACAAGAUUAUCUGUCAACUGAGCACUCAUUUUCUGUACGUCGUCUUAAUUUGGAAAAAUCCAUAUCUGAGUCUUCUAAGGAUCUGCAGAAUUUGCGUUCUAGUUUGAGGUUUGAGGAAGGAAAAGUUUUAGCACUUGAAUCAAAAAUAGUUAAACUGGAUGGUGCAAAGAGGGAUGUUGAAAAUAAACUGUAUUCCAUCUGCCUCUUUUUACGAUCAAUACUUAACCUUGGAUCUGAUAGUGGUCUACUCAGUGCAAGUUCAAAUGCAGAUGCAAAUGCCAGCUCAGCUCGCAGGGAUGUGUCUGAAACACUCGGCAGAGACUCUACUGAUCAAGUUGAGAGUUCUCACCUAUUAACAUUCUUAAAGUAUAAUUCACCUGCUCACAUAUCAGUGUCUGAUCUGGAUUUGGAAUUAUUAAAAUCUUCUUUAAGAGAUCUGAUGCAAAACUUCAAUGCUAUGGAAAAAGAACGAGAUGAUUUAAAAGAUACUGUUACAAAAAUACAAAGACAGUAUGAAGAAUUAAGAAGUGAACAUAGCAGGUGUACAUCUAGAAUCUACCAAUUGCAAAGAGAUUUAGAAGAUAAAAAGAAUGUUGAACAAGAAUUAGCAACAAAGAUCGCUAGCAUUCAUCACCAUGAAGAAGUUAUUCGAACAUUGGAUCGGGAAAAGAGAAGACUUACUGAAAAAAUGGGAAGUGCUGAAUUCAAUUCCACAUCUGUAAAGAAAGAACAAGAAAAUCUUCUUAAUCAGAUUGCAGAAUUAAAACAAAAUGAAUUUAAACUUGAGGAAGACAAAAGAAUUUUGAGUGCUGCUAAAGAACUCGCAGAAUCCAAAGCAGCAAAUUACAUCCAGGCUUAUGCAUCGCUUGAAUCAAAUAUGAUGCUUUUAAGAGAAAAACUAAAUAACAAAGAAUUGGAAGCAAAAUCUUUGGAACACAUUGCUGAUUCAUCUAGCAGGAAAAUUGAGUCAUUAGAAACUAAAAUUAAAUCCUUGAUGACCACUGUUGAACAACUUAAUGAUACUAUUGAAAUUCAGACUCAAAAUGAAAGAGUUUUAAAAAACAAGAUUGCUGCAGAAACAUCACAAAACUCUGAAACAGCACUAAACUUAGCUGAAGAUUUAGAGAGACUGCAAAAAGAAAGACAAAACCAUCUCUCUAAUUUGUUUGUUCUACAGAAAUCUAAUGAGCAAUUGAGAACAUACAUGGAUGAUUAUAAAAAUAAAAGCAAAUGCCUAAAAGAUGAAGUGGAAGCUCUCAAAAGUAAACUGAAGCACAGUGAGAUCAUUGAACAAGAUUUGCUUGACCAGAUGAGAAGCUUGAAAAAUGUGCUUCAAAGAACUCAACAAAUUGAAAAAGAUGCUUCAGAAGAAACUACUCGAUUACAAGAAGAAAAACUUAAAAUUGAUUCAAAAUUGAAAACUCUGAAUGAGUCCUUAAGAAGCAAUCAACAGCUAUUGCAAGAAAAGGAGGAGUUGUGCUUGAAAUUAGAAAAAGAGAAAUCAAGUUUCAAAAAAGCUCUUGAUAAGCUUGAAAAAGACAAGCAAAAGAUUAGUGAACUUAGAGCAAAAACUUUAAUAGAGAAAAGCACUUUGGAUAGAGAUGUUCAGCGAUUGGGUGUGGAAAAUCAAUCCCUUCUUGAAAAAGUACAAAAUCUUCAGGCGCAACUAACUGAAGCUGAGCAGAGAUAUUCUCAGAGUGUAAAAGAUUAUGUGAAUAAUAAAAGUUUUGAAUCAAAAUUAGAAGACACCCGUUACAAAAAUGCUUUGAAACAUGCUGAGCAAAUGAUAGAAUCAAGAGACAGACAAAAUAGACAAAAAGUACUUGGUUUAGAAGAACAAAUAAAGGUGUUACAAAAUCAUCUGGAGAGAGAACAGGAGAGGUGGCGACAAUAUCAUCAACGAUCACGUGAAACUUGCUCUGACAUUCAAUCUUUGCAUUCAGUUUUGGGUAAAUCUUUGCAAAACGUCACUGAUGACGCUCAAAAACUUCUUCCGGAAGCUGAAAGGUUAAAUAGGACUACGGAAACCGAAGUUAGCACAUCUGGUCUAUUUGUGUCCACUCCGUCCAAAUUGAGAAAAGGCACAUCUAGGCCACAUUUUACUUCCACUCCAAAAUCCAAAAAGCGCCUUGACCUAUCAUCUGAUCAACCAUAAUAAUUUCAUGUACUAUAUACAUUUCAUGUUUGUAACUAUUCCAUUGUUGCAUUUUAAUGCAUAUCAAACUAACUACUCAGUAGGAUUGAUUAAUCAUAUUGUUGAUGUGACAUAGUCACUACUCUAUUAUACUAAUUGUAUUAUUUUUUUAACUAAUUUAAAUGGGAGUGAUUAUACAAUGAUUUGUUUGUAUUAUUUACCACAAAUGGUAAUGGUAUAUAGAUAAGGCCACUUCAGAAAAGUAAUUCGAACUGGAUCUCACCUUGAUUCCAUCAGAGAAAUUCGAAUCUCCUCUGAUGUUCUUCUAUUUUUCCGAAAAAUGGAAGUUUAGUAGCCUCUUUAUUAAUUGGAAUCAGAUUAUCUCAGUUACAAACUCUUUGAGACACACACACAAAAUUUGAAAAAAUGUGUAGAAAGACUUCAUUCUUCUGUACCCUCGCUAUUUGCAGAGAUGAUUGUGCUCUGGAAAAAUCUGGAAUUCCGAUUUUUCGCUAACUGCGAUCCGGAAAUCCAUGGUCCAAAAGUUUCAAGAAAUCACUGAUAACAUUUAUGUAUAAAAAUUCUUGUAUAUUUUAUUUAAAAAUAUUUGAACUAGAAUAUAUGCUUGGCAUCUCUUUCAUUUGUAAAUAUUUU